UGAAACCUGCAAUUAUAUUUGUAGUAUUAUAACUAAAGAGAGUAUUAUAAAAUCAUCUCCUUGAUAACCGAUUUCAGUUAAAACUUCCGCUCAAAAUAGGUAAGUAAUUGAAAAGUUCUUUUUCCUAGAUGUUCGCAUGUUAGCGUGAGCCUGAGUAAAAAAUGUCACCAGACGAAGAAGCAUCUUCACAAUUGGACAAGAACAAUUUACAGACGCAAAAGCGGACUGCAGAAUCGACCAGUGAAAAAGAACGAAUCAAGGAGGCGGACAAAGACAACGACGACGAUGGGGGGGUUAUCGGGCCCCUUUCGUCAGAAGCUGUCGAUAAAGAAAGAGAGCCGGUUCCAAAAAAAAAGAAAAAGAUUUUACAUUUAGAAAAGGUAUUUGUAGAUAAAUUACCUAGCUCCGAAUUAUUUGAAAAAUCAUAUAUGCAUCGUGAUACGGUCACACAUGUUGUGGUGACACGAAGUGAAUUUAUUGUAACGGCGUCUGCUGACGGCCACGUAAAAUUUUGGAAGAAAGAAGCUGGCGGAAUCGAGUUUGUCAAGCACUUCCGGGCACAUCUCGGUAAAAUUGAAGGUGUAGCAAGCAAUUGGGACGGCUCGUUGCUGUGUACGAUAUCAGAUGACAAAUCGCUUAAAGUGUUCGAAGUGGUCAGCUUUGAUUUAAUGAACAUGCUACAGUUCGACUACACACCUGGACAUUGCGAGUGGGUCCAUACAAAAGGUGAUGCGAUUCGCGUCGUGGCGGUAACAGAUCAAAAUUCUAAUCGUAUUCUACUAUAUGACGGACUCGCAAGUGGUGGACCGCUGAAGGUGCACAAAAACCUGCAUCAAGCUCCCAUUGUCUGUCUUAGGUACUGUCCGAUGUUAAAUGUCGCUGUUUCGUCGGAUGAGAACGGAAUUCUAGAAUAUUGGCGAGGCGGGGUAACGGAUCGUCUCAUACCAGAUCAGGCAAAUUUCGACUCGAAACUCGAUACCGAUCUAUUCGAGCUGGUAAACAGUAAUACUGUAGCAACAAAUAUAGCCUUUGCUCCUGAUGGACGCCAGUUCGCAGUCACCGCCAGCGAUCGAAAGGUCCGAGUGUUCAAUUUUGCAAGCGGCAGGCUUGUUAAAACUUUAGAUGAAACCCUUAAAACCGCUUCGGAUACGCAACAGGAGCGAGCUCUUCUCAGUAAUAUGGAGUUUGGUCGAAGAGUAGCUGUGGAGCGCGAAUUAGAAAAAGCGGGCAUGCUGCGCUAUUCAAAUCUGGUUUUUGAUGAUAGUGGAAACUUUCUUCUCUACCCAACGCUCCUCGGUAUCAAGGUUGUGAACCUCAUUACGAAUCGAUGUGUACGCAUUCUCGGCAAGGGUGAGGCUUUAAGACCACUUGCCAUUGCACUUUAUCAGGGUGUGCCAGGCAAACAGCAGAAAAUGGUAACUGUUGAGUCUGCCGCAGCCGAAAACCCAGCACUGCAAGAAGUUGACUCUGAUCCAACGCUCGUUUGCAGUGCCUACAAAAAGAACCGCUUCUAUCUCUAUACGAAACGGAUACCUGGCGAGGACGAAGAACGAGAGGUUUUCAACGAAAAACCCUCAAAGGAGGACAUCGUUGCUGCUACGGAAAUGUCUUCACGUAGUAAUCUGGCUUCGAAUGCCGUUAUUCAUACUUCAAUGGGUGAUAUCCACGUAAUUCUGUUCCCCCGGGAAUGUCCGCGAACUGUUGAGAACUUUGUUGUGCACUCACGUAACGGCUACUAUAAUGGCCAUAUAUUCCAUCGAGUAAUCAAAGGCUUUAUGGUGCAAACGGGGGACCCUACGGGCGUCGGAACUGGCGGCGAAUCAAUUUGGGGUGGCGAGUUUGAGGACGAGUUCCACCCAAACCUCAAGCACGACAAGCCAUAUACACUAUCAAUGGCUAAUGCUGGUCCAAACACGAACGGAUCACAAUUCUUCAUCACGGUUAUACCUUGUCCUUGGCUGGAUAACAAGCAUACGGUGUUUGGUAGAGUCACACGCGGGAUGGAGGUUGCACAGAAUAUCUCACUUGUGAAAACGCACCCCAAAACUGACAAGCCCUAUGACGAUGUCACUAUCGUUAGUAUAACCAUCAAAUAAUUAGUCAAAAGGAAAAUUAAUGCAGUUCAUCUUUAUUUAGCUUUAGGAGCUGUUCCUGACGAGAAUCGUACGUCUAAUUCUAAUUUGUAUACAACAACCAACCAUAAGUAUUGUAUGUUUCACGUUUAUCGGGCUCUAACGACUACUCUAAAUGAAUUGAACCAUUAUGCAUUAGACGCAGCCCCAAUAAACAUGUAAAUACUGCUCUAUGCCGUAACCACAUUAGUGGUAUCACGAAUGAAACUUGUUAGAUUAAACAUGUCUUUCACUAAAAUCUAAGAAAUUGGGCAUUAAUGAAGGUUCUGAGCAUAACUGCAAUAUUUGCACUUAUCGACCGAUAUACCAUACAGGAAGACAUCGUGAGUCUUAAAACUUAUUUUUCUUGACAAACGGUUGCCCCUAUUUAAAACCUGAGUUCCAUGAAUAAAAAUAUAUACAGAAGUAAAGUAUGACUUCAUUUGUCUGCAGUCUGUUAUUGAUGCUACUGGCGAUAAAUGUGUACUUGUGAUACAGAGAAGUACGACCUAAUUCUUGUUAGAAUGUAAUUGUUAUAUGAAUAUAGGAAGAAAGUUUCGGCUAGGAUAAUAACAAGUAGAAGUUAUGCUGAAUAAAUUGCACUAAUUUUGUGCUGAUGCUACUCGAUUAAUUUAGAAGAGUGAUAUCAAACUGAAAGUACCAUGCUGUAAGGUAUCAAAGUAGUAUACGAAUGAUCACUGCCUUUUGAUUAUCAGUACGCCACAGAUAGUGUAACUUAUGGUAGCUACCCGGGUUCUGAUAAAUGGACCAUUUCAGGGCAAAUACGUAGAAACAUUCUACCAUUUGCACUAUUACGGUAGCUCGAUAAGUCGGACACACUGUGCGAUAUAUCUGUAUGUAGGCAGAAGAUGAUUUAUUUUUGUAUAAUCAAAAUAAAUGCGACUAGUGUGAAACUGACUCGAA